GCCGGUCCGCUUGGUUCCGGGGGAGAGAGGGGGGACGCGGCGGAGCUGAGAGAGACAUGAACCCCGGGGACAAUGUGGAGACGGGGGAGACGGAGCUCCGGCCGGGGAGCUGCUGCCGGCCCAUCCCCAGCGAGGAGCCGUGCCGGCGGCAGCAGGAGAAGCUGUCGGGGGUGGUGAAGAACCUGCACAGGAAACUGCGCAGGAAAUACAGGGAAGUGGGCGACUUUGACAAAAUCUGGCGUGAGCACUGUGAGGAUGAGCAGACGCUGAGCGAGUACGCCCUGGCCAUGAAGAAUCUCGCCGACAACCACUGGACCAAAAACUGCGACGGAGAGAGCCGCAUCGAGUGGUGUCGCAGUGUCUGCCAGGAAUAUUUCUUGGACGGUGGGAUGAAGAGAGUGUUAGAAAAGGAUGCAAAAAGUGCCACUUUAGCCGCAGGUCUGACUUCCGCACCCGUCGGUGCUCAAGCGUACGGCCCCGUCCCCAGCUCCAUCUCCCAGCGGGGGAAAAUGCGCCUGCUGGACGUGGGAAGCUGCUUCAACCCGUUCCUGAGGUUCGACGAGUUCCUGACGGUCGGGAUUGACAUAGUGCCUGCAGUCGAGAGUGUGUACAAGUGCGACUUCCUGAACCUGCAGCUGCAGCAGCCGCUCCAGCUGGCGGGCGACGCGGUGGAGGCGUUCCUGCGGCAGCUGCGCAGCCCCAUCGACGCGCUGCCCGCCCAGCUCUUCCACGUGGCCGUCUUCUCCCUGCUGCUGUCCUACUUCCCCUCCCCGUACCAGCGCUGGAUCUGCUGCAAGAAGGCGCACGAGCUGCUGGAGCUGCACGGCCUGCUGCUCAUCAUCACGCCCGACUCGUCCCACCAGAACCGCCACACGCUCAUGAUGCGCAGCUGGCGCGUGGCGGUGGAGUCGCUGGGCUUCAAGCGCUGCAAGUACGUCAAGUACUCGCACAUGCACCUCAUCGCCUUCCGCAAGGUGUCGCUGGCCACCACCAGCGACCUGGUGUCGCGCAACUACCCCGAGAUGCUCUACAUCCCUCAGGACUUUAACUCCAACGAGGAGGAGGACUGCGCCGACCUGCCGGCGGCGGCGCGCUCCGAGCUGGAGGACGACCAGCUGGCCUGGGGCUUCGCCGAGCUGCCGGACACGGCGUACGACUCGGAUUCGGGGGAGAGCCAGAGCAGCUCGGUGCCCGGAUUCCACGAGCUGGAGGACCCCAUCCUGCUGCAGAGCUGAACCAGCAACCCCUGCUCUCCCUCUCCAUGGACCUGUCUCCUCCCCUCCUACUGCUGCGCUGCCAAAUUUCUACCUGCUGCAUUAUUCUCGGUCCGUUUACUUCGCGGUCAUCCGUUUUUUGUUUUGAAAUGACAAAAUAAAAAUAGAGAACUAAUCCAAAAUAAUCCGUGGAAAACAGAUCGUUAUCCGUUAUCCGAUUUCAUUGAUGUGUUUGAAAAUAGAAAUUGGGAAUUAAAACAGCGAGUGGAAAACUCUUUUCUCUAUUUCCUAUUCGUUUCCAACAGGGGGGGCAGUAUGUUAGAGUUCAGUACAUGUUAUUGAUUGGACGCUGCAGCUGAACGGACUGUCACAACAUCAUGACUGAGUGAAGACAGAUUACAGAUUAAACUCAGGUUUCAUAUUUGAUUUAUUUUCUUUUUCAACAUUAAAAAAAAUCUAAAACUGUUAAUUUUCAAUCUGAUCAACAAAAGAACCAGAAACAACUUUCUUCAUUUAUUACUGCGCAUGUGCAAUCCCCCCAUUUGUCCAAUCCUUGUUUUCAGUAUCCUUGGAAACGAAUAGGAAAUAGAGAAAAGAGUUUUCCACUCGCUGUUUUAAUUCCCAAUUUCGAUUUUCAAACACAUCAAUGAAAUCGGAUAACGGAUAACGGAUAACUUUCCGUUUUCCGUUCUUUAUUAUCAAAACAAAAGAUGGGAAACGGAUUAUUUUGGAUUAUUUCUCUAUUUUUAUUUUGUCAUUUCAAAACAAAAAACGGAUGGCCGCGAAGUCCACGGACCAUUCUCCCUCCCCCUCUUCUUGGAAAAAAAAAAUGCGAUUUGCACAGUGUGAAAGAGAGAAGUUUACAGAAUAUUUUCUCAUAUCCUCUGAGAGCUACACACACAUUUGACACUAAGAUGGAUAUAUUUUGAUAAAAAACGCUUGGCUUUUUUUAAGAGUUGGAAAUUGAAUGCCCUUAAGAUUUUUAACCCCCCCCCUCCCCUCCCAUCAUCUCCCAAUCGAAAUUUUAACCCCCGAUCUCCACGUCAUCUCUCGGUAAUUCCAAGUCAGCUUGUCGACGUUCUUUACUGUCUCUGUUUGAAUAAGCUAGUGUCGCAGGCGGCGCGGUGCCAACGCCAAAUCCCGCAACACAGACGGUCCGACGGGAGCUUUGACCGCGCCGGAGGCGGACGGGACGAGUGGACUGGUACGCUUGCUUCUGUCAGUCACGCAGCUGCACUCUCUGACGAUUCUUGAUGUGCAUUUACUUUUACGAAACGAAACAAAACAAAAAAAACAAAAAAACGGUUGUUUUGAAAUCUAUAUUCUUAGUCAAACAUUGGUGUUGUCCGGUGUAACGUGUGGCGAUGCCAAUCUUCUGAAUGAUUUGUGUAUCUUUUACAAGAUAGUGGUAUUUGUAGCAUUUUAAACAUUUUCAGAACCACCGAGUAGGAGUGUUUAACUAGGUUUACGUAAGUGAAGAUGUAACUGUUUACUUUUUUGUGUAAGAAAAGGUACGCGUGCAGAAUAGAUUAUACUUCUUUUCUUUUUCUUUUUUUUUUUUUUACUUCUAUCAUCCUCAUAGUUGUCAAAUCAGAGUUUCUUCAGAUUUCCAAGACUUUUUUGUCCUGAAGCAGAAAAAGUACAGAAUUGUUAGUCGCUGACGCAUGAAAUGGACUCGACCGCACCAGUAUCCUCGGAUGCAAAUCUGAGCUCCUGAUUUAAGGAAAACUCACCCCAACUGCAGAGGUUUGCACUAAUUUACGUUUUUUUUAAGAGACUCACUUUAAAGAAAAAAAGAGAGAAAAAAAAUGGGGAAAUGCUGCAGAUUCCAGCGAGUCGGGGCAGAUCUGACGUGGCUGUUGCUGCGCAGACGGGUUUUAGCUGAUGACACUACCAGGUGAAGCGUGAGUGCGUGUUCCCGCCGGUCCUUAAACGGCCCGAUCGCAUGACUGUUCUUGGGAUUGUGAGUGUGAAUGAAAGAAUCGACUAAUGUUGAUGCUUAUUAUUUUUUUAAAUUAGUGGCACUUUAUCACCGAUUCCAAAGGUUAUCACUAAAUUCAACUCCGAUGACGGGGCUUUAAAAAAGAAAAAAACUACAAAUGCCAUUCAGUAUCAGGUGCCUUGUACGCUCAUAUUUAAUCUGCCCCCGCAGAAAUUCAUGGUCAUCCCACAUUAAUAGACAGAUGUCGAGCUUCUUCGGGCCAAACGAUGCGCACAAACUUCUCGUUUAUGGUGUAAAAGGAACAAGAAACAUUUUCACUGUCGACGUAAAUGCCGUUUUAUUUCCAUAUCAUUUCCAGGACCAGAAGAGAAAAGUGCUACACAUACUCAGAGUUUGAGUUUGCUUCGUGACGUGUCUUCCAGUAAUUUUUUUUUCUUUUGUUUUUUGGCCCAUUUGCAUGGUUCAUCUUCAAUAUCAACAUUUUCAAUAAUGCAGAACAAUGUGUGCUUUUAGAAUGGUUGUAUUUCUCUUUAUAAAUGAAUGUAA